AUGAGUGGGAAUUCUAAUAUUUCAAGAAGAGGUCCUUGGUCACCAGAAGAGGAUCAAAAAUUGAUGGAAUUAAUAUCAAUUUUUGGACCGACGAAUUGGGUUAGAAUUUCAAAUAAUUUAGUUACAAGAACACCUAAACAAUGUAGAGAACGAUAUCAUCAAAAUUUAAAACCUUCAUUGAAUAGAACUCCUAUAAGUCAAGAAGAAGGAGAAUUGAUUGAAUCAUUAGUUCUUAAAUACGGUAAAAAAUGGGCGGAAAUUUCAAGACAUUUAAAUGGUAGAUCUGAUAAUGCCAUUAAAAAUUGGUGGAAUGGAGGUGCUUCCAAAAGAAGAAGACAAAGUUUACAGACUGAUAGAAUCAUUCAACCAUCCAAUCAACUAUCACCACAACAGUCACAAUCGAGAUCUAAUUCAAUAAUUGGGAAUUUUGAUGACCCUAAACCUUUAGAAGUUAAGGUUCAAAAUCCUUCAUAUUAUGGACAGGUUCCAUAUCAAACUAAUCUUUUACCUCCGGCUAUGACAGGAUCACAAAGUCACUUACCUCAUACGAAUCAAAUUAUGCCCCUUGCAGGGCCAGGUCAAAUACCGGGACAAAUGCCAGGACCAAUGCCAGGACCAAUGCCAGGACCAAUGCCUGGACAUAUUCCAGGACAAAUGAAUUUAACAUCAGCCACUCAAAUUGGUCAAGUUCCUAAUCAAUUUCCUCCCCCAAGUCAACCAGCUUCUAAAAUUGCAUUCAAUACGUCAAUGUUCAAUAAGGAAGAGAAUCCUAAUCCUCCCAAUGAUUCUGAUAGUCCAACCAAAAAUGAAAACAAUCCCACUAAUCCAACAUCCAGGUCUUCAAGUUUUGAUUUCUCCAAUCAAUUAUUACCUUUGGCGAAUAAAAGAAGAUUAUUCGAAGAUUCAUCAUUCAGAAGACAUUCCAUUACUAAUACUAAUUUACAAUCUAAUCAUAAUGGACUUUAUAAUCCCAUCAAUAAUGGAUCUCAUCCAAAUUUAACUAAUUUAUCGGCCACUACAUCCACCGCAAGUAAUCAAAGUCCAUUGUUUCUUCCUCAUUCAAAUGCUAAUUCCAGAAACAAUAGUAUCUCUACAACAUUUGAUUUCGGUCUUUCAAAUACUUUGAAUCAAAGUUAUAAUAAUGUUAAUGGUAUUACAGGAAUUUAUUCUAAUAAUAAUUCAUCAUCAAAUUCAAGAAGAUCAUCAAUUAAUCCUGAUUUCUUUCCUAAUCCUUUAGCUAAUCAUAAAAGAAAUAUGUCAACCACCAAACCUUAUAAUGCCAUUCCACCAUUACAAUUAAAUAAUUCAUCAACUAAUGUCAAUACUAAUAAUUUGAACCCUUUAACUCCAAUUAAUUCAACUCAUCCAUUAAAUCAUCAAAACUCAAAUAGUUCUUUGAAUCCUAAUUUACCUCAUCCAAUGAAAAGAACUAUUUCAAAUCCCGGUACUCAAAAUCAAUCAUCUCCAGGAUUAUCACCAAAUUUAUCCACCACUCAAAAAAGUAGUACAGGUACUACUUCUCCAACCAAUUCUUUCAAAUCUAAUUUAUCCAAUGUUUUAACAGCGGAAGAUGGAAAGGAAACUAAAAUAUCGGUUUCUAGCUUAAUUGAUUGA